GGGCAGCGCCCGGCGGGGCUGAGCACCUGGCGAGGGGGCGGGGGACCGCACCUGGGGACGCCAUCGAAACUUACGCCUGGACUAGGACUGCUUACAUUAAAGGAGUUCCUUUUUUCAUGAAACUGAGCUUGCUUAAUCAGAGAUGGAGCAAACAGACUGCAAACCCUAUCAGCCUCUGUCAAAAGUCAAGCAUGAAGUGGACCUAGCUUAUACUAGUUCUUCCGAUGAGAGUGAAGAUGGAAGAAAACCAAGACAGACAUACAACUCCAGAGAAACUCUGCAUGAGUAUAACCAAGAGCUGAGGAUGAAUUACAAUAGCCAGAGUAGGAAGAGGAAAGAAGUAGAGAAAUCUACUCAAGAGAUGGAAUUUUGUGAAACUCCUCACACUCUGUGCUCUGGCUACCAGACAGACAUGCACAGUGUUUCUCGGCAUGGCUACCAGCUAGAGAUGGGGUCCGACGUGGACACGGAGACAGAAGGUGCUGCCUCACCUGACCAUGCGCUGAGAAUGUGGAUAAGGGGGAUGAAAUCAGAGCAUAGUUCCUGUUUGUCCAGCCGGGCCAACUCCGCAUUGUCCUUGACUGACACUGACCAUGAAAGGAAGUCUGAUGGAGAGAAUGGUUUUAAAUUCUCUCCUGUUUGUUGCGACAUGGAGGCUCAAGCUGGGUCUACUCAAGGCAAGUGUUUCCAAAUAUUCGACGACAAAUUAUUUUACCUCACCCCAUCCCUGACACCCACCCUACAACAUUCACCCCUGCCCGUCUGA